UUUUUUUUUUUCCGGGUUACUUUAUCUACUCACAUAACCUCAUCAUCCUGCUCUACCUCUUCAAAAUAGAAUUUCUUCACGUCUACCUAAAAAUAUUAUGCCGGUCUCUAGUUCAUUAGAGUAGCUGAGUUAUGUCCAAGGUAUACUACCAAAAGCAAUACCGGCUCCCAGAAUUCACCUUAUUCCACCACUGAGUCUGGGAAUUUCCUCGCCGAGAUAUUGGCUAAGAGUCGAAAAAUCAGAGUUAACUUAGUUCUUCGGUGCGACUAUUGCAGAUCUCUGAUCCAGAAGCUGCCCCUCACCACAGAGCUGUUUAUCUAUAGUCCGGCCGGCUUUAGUCCAGAUUUCGCGGGAGAGUCGAAAUGCGCCGCUGGCCGGAAGAGUGCUUAUCUGCCCAGGAAAAGCGUUCCUAAGAGGGGCCUCCGAGGGCGCGCGUGCAGCUGGGCAGGCGUCCAGGUGCCGGCGUGGACGGCGAGGGGACCGAGAGCCAAAGUCCGCUGAGAAGCCGCACCUCAGCCCUCAAGGUCCCUGGUGCACGACUCAAACGCCCCCCACGCCCCCAACCCGGCAAAGGAACUCAGCGCUGCGGCUAGGAACCCUUCACAGGCCGGGGAAAGGUGUACUCAGCGGCUGACGCGUCCAGCAUUCUAGCCGCGGGCUGGAGACCAAUUGUCACCGUAGAGCCCCCGCAAGAGAGGCGGGGCGGAGUCGUCUCUCACAGCGCUUGCGCUUAGGGUCGGUUUCCAGGGGCCAGGCAGGCGGGAGGCGGAAACCAGCGCCGAGCGCCACGGAGGCCCACUGCGUGCGCAGGCGCACUCAGCCACCUUUCGUUUCUUGGAGCGCCCAAUUACCCCGCAGACCUCGGGGCGGGGCCAAGUGCGGGGAGAAGUCAUCCUCUCAGUAUCCGCUCGCUGAGGCCGUUGUCGCCACCGCCUCCAAUCUGCAACAGUCAUGUUGCCCAACACGGGGAAGCUAGCAGGAUGUACUGUCUUCAUCACAGGCGCGAGCCGUGGCAUUGGCAAAGCUAUUGCUUUGAAAGCAGCAAAGGAUGGGGCAAAUAUAGUCAUUGCUGCAAAGACUGCCCAGGCACACCCCAAACUUGCAGGCACAAUCUAUACUGCUGCUGAAGAAAUCAAAGCAGCUGGAGGAAAGGCGUUGCCAUGUGUUGUUGAUGUGAGAGAUGAACAACAAAUCAGCAGUGCAGUGGAGAAAGCAGUUGAGAAAUUUGGAGGAAUUGAUAUUCUGGUGAAUAAUGCCAGUGCUAUUAGCUUGACCAACACAUUGGAAACACCUACAAAGAAAGUGGAUUUGAUGAUGAACAUCAACACCAGAGGCACCUAUCUUACAUCUAAAGCAUGCAUUCCUUAUUUGAAAAAGAGUAAAAUUGCUCAUAUCCUCAAUCUCAGCCCACCGCUGAACCUAAAUCCACUGUGGUUCAAACAGCACUGUGCUUACACCAUUGCUAAGUAUGGUAUGUCUAUGUGUGUGCUUGGAAUGGCAGAAGAAUUUAAAGGUGAAAUUGCAGUCAAUGCAUUGUGGCCUAAAACAGAUUUUCUGGAGAGUGAUAUUCAUUGCAGUGAGGCAAAGAUGAGAGUGAAAAAACUGCUUCUACAAUACUUUUCAAACUACAUGUCAAGACUCAUUGCCAUAUACACUGCUGCUAUGGAUAUGCUGGGAGGAUCUGGUAUUGAAAGCCAAUGUAGAAAAGUUGAUAUCAUUGCAGAUGCUGCAUAUUGCAUUUUCAAAAAGCCAAAAAGUUUUACUGGCAACUUUAUUAUUGAUGAAAAUAUCUUAAAAGAAGAAGGAAUAAAAAAUUUUGAUGUCUAUGCCGUUACACCAGGCCAUCCUUUGUUACCAGAUUUCUUCCUGGAUGAACAGCCAGUUACAGUUACCAAGGAACCAGCAACACAUGGUGCUCUUCCAGAAUUGAAAGAAAAGGAGGCGCAGCCACCACCAAAACCACGUUCUGGAGCUGUGGAAGGGACAUUUAGAAUUGUUAAGGACUCUCUCAGUGAUGAUAUUGUUAAAGCCACUCAAGCAAUCUAUCAGUUUGAACUCUCAGGUGAAGAUGGUGGAACAUGGUUUCUUGAUCUUAAAAGCAAGGGUGGCAAUGUCGGACAUGGAGAGCCCUCUGAUCGGGCAGAUGUGGUGAUGAGUAUGUCUACUGAUGAUUUUGUAAAAAUGUUUUCAGGGAAACUAAAACCAACAAUAGCAUUCAUGUCAGGAAGAUUGAAGAUUAAAGGAAACAUGGCCCUAGCAAUCAAAUUGGAGAAGCUAAUGAAUCAGAUGAAUGCCAGGCUGUGAAGAGAAAAAAAAUGUUGACCGCUAAGCUCAAAAAGUAAAAGGGUUCAAUAGUUAAAAUUGAAUGUUUGUUUUCAUCCCUAUUAUAAGGAUAUACAUGUUUGUUCUGGAAAAAAUAGAAUUUCUGUAUCUAUACGACUUGAAAUUGUAAUUAAAACAGCUAGCCAACCAAACAUAAGCAUCAUUAAGUAGAAUUCUAAGAUAUUCUAUUUUUCUUAUUUUGUGAGUUUUGCCCUCUGAGUCCUGUAUCUCAUACACCAUCAUCUUCUGGGAAAAGUAUUAUUAGUAAUCAAUUGGGGUCAAGCAGCAACAUUACUUUUUUCAUAUCUUUUUCCCACGUAAAAUGAGACUAGUCUGUUUUAAACUUUUCAGUUUAGGAUUGUAUACUAAUGAUAUUUUAGAGUUUUAUAAACUUGUUUUAAAGAAAAUCUUCUAUAUUACAUUUUCAUAGAAAUCACAUAAUAAACUACUUAAUAAAUACUAUUUGUGAAGACAAAUUAAACAAAAAGUAUAUUUUGUUAACUACCUUUCUAAGUGUAAGGUAUUUUACCUAUAGGAAAAUAUUAUUGAUGUAAUUCAACUAACUGCAGUAUAUAUAUCCUAUUUUAAAGUAUGUAAAAAUAUCCUAAGAUAAUUCCUCCCCAGAAGUGUGCACUUGGUCACAGUGUUUUGAAAUGAGAACAUUAGAAUAGAUGGUUGUUAUGGGCUGAAUGGUAUGCCCCCUUCAUAUGUUGAAGUCCUAACCCCAAGAAUCUCAGAAUUGAUUGUAUUUGGAGAUAAGAUCUUUAAAGAGGUGAGUAAAACCCAGGCUUUUAGGGUAGGGUGGGCCAUAAUCCAGUCUGACUGGUGUCCUUAUAAGAGGAAAUUUGGACACAAAAGAGAGUCCAAGGAGGCACACACAGAGGAAUGACCAUGUGAGGACCAGCAAGAAGGCAGUCAUUUGCAAGCCAAGGAAAGAGGCCUCAGAAGAAACCAAACCUACUGACACCUUGAUCUCAGACUAGUCUCUAGAAUUGUAAGAAAUUUCUGUUGCUUUAGCCACUCAGUCUGUGGUAUUUUGUUAUUGUAGUCCUAGUAAACUAAUGCAAUAGUUUGUUUGUAUUUCUGUUACGAACACAAGUUCCUAUGCAGUACACACAGUGAGGCCAAACUGAAACAUUGGAGUUUGUAGCAGAGAAAGGUUUAUUACAGGGCCAAGCAAGGAGAAUGGGUGGAUUGUGCUCAAAAAACCCAAACUCCCCAAUGGUUUUCAGGGAGAAGUUUUUAUAGGCAGAAUUUGGGGUGAGCGCUGUGUGACUGUCUCCUGAUUGGUUGGUGGUGAGGUAACAGAGAGGUGUUUCAGAAAUCUUGUGCUCAGCCUGAAGUUACCAUCCUCCACCUGGGUGGGGGCGUUAGUUCUUACAGAAGAAUGCAAAGAUAUUGUUAUAUAUAUUCCUUGAGGAGGAACCAGGACCCUGCCCCAAGGCUGCACUAUUGUUUCUUGACUGCUCCUCCCCUGUUUCUGCAUUCCCUCCCUUCCCUGAUUAGCAACUGUUUGAAUCUGCCCUUUGUAACUCAGUGAAGGUCAAGGAGGCUGAAUGAAGCCUAUUUCCUACAAACAAGAAAUAGGGGAUACAGAAAGGCUUUGUACCUAGGAUGGCCCCACAGGGUCCUUCUCUGUUUCAUUUCUUUUUUUAAAAAAGUUAAACUUAUUUUUUUUAAGCUCCUAUCUUUCCUUUUAAUCAGUUAAAAAUACUUGUUUAGUGUAAUUCUUUCACUUCUCACCUUCCACUCACUUUAAUAUUAUUGUGCUGUUAAGCAACUUAGCUAAUUCUGACAUUUUGUAGAAUCAUAACAUUAGGAGCACUUAAUCUGUAUUUUACAAAUCAGGAAACAGAGGAUCAGAGAUAGGAAAGGACUAGCCCAAGGUCAAAAUUAACAAGCCCUUUCCAACAACCUCCCAGUACAUUGGCCUUGGAUAGAACUUGAAGACCCCACUUCCCCCUCCUUGAAGCCCAGAUAGAUUGACUUUGAUAUGGCAGGCUCACAACUCCCUUGGCAUCUCCUGUUCAUUUCCAGCCACAUUAGGAUCCCUGUCAGAUGUUGCCAGCAGACUCCUUUUCUACUGAAAUUUUCUAAAGACUUUUCUUCUUUCUCUGCAUUUUCCACAUGGCUUCAAAGCUUUGGGAAAAUAAAAACUAGAAAAUAUUGUGAGGCAGGAAUUCUGGAGUUUGGUUACUAAAACAUGAACUUGCUAAUUAAAAGGCCUUAGGAUAUCAGAAGAAAAUCUUUCCACAGGGCCCUGGUUUUCAUAUCAGUAAUUGAGGGAGUUGGAUGAGGUCCUCUGCAGCCUGUUUUCGCUUAUUAUCACUAAGAAGUAGUGAGCAGUCUGUACUAUUUUAUCAGAAAUAAAGGUACCACAGCUACAUUGCUAAAGCUUUCUCUCUUGCCACAUCCCCCAGCUGCCUUAAUGAAUUCAUGUGUUCCCUUCUCUUGGAUCUUGCCCAUUAACUGCACUGAGGUUGUAGAGUCUCCCAGAAGUUUUGAAUGGCCAUUUUGUGUAUGGUUCAGUAUCCAUUUGACCCCUGUUUCUGAAAUAGAAUGGUAUGGAGGGAAACCAUGCCAUUUGGCUUUUUAGUGUUUGAUGAAGUUAUUUAGACAUUUUAAAGAUGGUUUGUUGCUAGUAAUCCUAUAUUUUAACAAAUCCUCUUAAAUAGUGCCUUUUUUUUCUUUUUUCUUUUUUUGGCUGUGCCACACGGCUUGUGGGAUCUUAGUUCCCCGAGCAGGGAUCGAACCUGGCCCCAACAGUGAAUGUGCCAAGUCUUAACCACUGGACCACCAGGGAAUUCCCUUAAAUAGUGCCUCUUAAAUAAUCCUCUUAAGUAGAAGAAAAGAAGUCUUUUUCCUCUACCUAUCUUAAGUUUUCAGUUGGGGUCCUGUAAAUUAGACUAACAAAAGAUAGAUUAGCAAGAGAAAAACAAAUAGAAGUAUUAACAUAUGCAUUGCACAUAAACAUGGAAGCAUUCAGACAUGAGUAACUCAAAGAUGUGGUUAGAACUUGAGCUUAUACAACAAUGAACAAUAAAUUUCUUUGUGAAGGAACAAGACAAAGAGGACUUUCAGUUUCUAGGAUAGGAAACUGUAGGAAGGAAAAUAUACGUACAGUAAGAGUGAGUUUUGUAAGAAACUGCCAAAUAGAAAAAAAACUGUCAAAAAAAAAAAAAAAGCUGCCAAAUAGUCUUCCAAAGUGGCUGUACCAUUUUGCAUUCCCACCAGCAGCAUGUUCCUGUUGCUCCACAUCCUUGUCAGCACUUGGUAUUGCCAGGUUUUUGGAUUUUAGUCAUUCUAACAGGUGUGUGGUAGUAUCUCAUUGUUGCUUUAAUUUGCCAUUCCCUCGUGACAUAUGAUGAUGAACAUCUUUUCAUAUGCUUACUUUCCUCUAUAUCUUCUUCGGUGAGAUGUCUGUUGAGGUCUUUGGCCCAUUUUUAAAUCAGGUUGUUUUCUUAUUGUUGCAUUUUAAGAGUUCUUUGUAUAUUUUGGAUAACAAUCCUUUAUCAGAUGUGUCUUUCGUAAAUAUUUUUUCCCAAUCUGUGACUUGCUUUCUCAUUCUCUUGACAUUGUCUUUUGCGGAGCAGAAGUUUUUCAUUUUAAUGAAGCCCUGCUUAUCAGUCAUUUCUUUCAUGGAUCAUGCCUUUGGAGUUGUAUCUAAAAAGUCAUUGCCAUACCCAAGGUCAUCUAGGUUUUCUCCUAUGAUAUUUUCUAGGGAGUUUUAGUUUUGCAUUUGACAUUUAGAUCUGUAAUCCAUUUUGAGUAAUUUUUGUGAAAGGUGUAAAGCCUUUGUUUAUUUAUUAUUUUGCAUGUGUAUAUCCAGUUGUUCCAGCACCAUUUGUUGAAAAGACUAUCUUUGCUCCUUUGUCAAAGGUCAGUUGACUAUAUUCAUGUGGGUAUAUUUCUAGGCUCUCUAUUCUCCUACAUUGAUCUAUUUACCCUUUCACUAAUACCACGCUAUGUGGUUACUUUAGCUUUAUAGUAAGUCUUGAAGUCAGGUAAUGUCAAUCUUAACUUUGAUCUUCAAUAUUGAGUUGGCUAUUCUGGUUCUUUCGCCUCUCCAUAUAACUUUAGAAUAAGUUUUUUCAUAUUCACAAAAUAACUUGCUGGGAUUUUGAUUGGCUUUGAGUUGAAUCUAUAUAUCAACUUGGGAUAAACUGAUGUUUUGACAGUAUUGAGUCUUCCUAUCCAUGAACAUGAAAUAUCUCUUCAUUUAUUGUUAUUCUUUGAUAUCUUUCAUCACAGUUUGGUAGGUCUUCUUAUAUAGAUCUUGCACAUAGUUUGUUAGAUUUGUAUCUGAAUAUUUAAAUUUUUUGAGUGCUAAUAUAAAUGAUAAUGUGUUUUACAUUUCAAAUUUCACUUCAUUACUGGUAUAUAGGAAUGUGAUUGACUUUUGUAUAUUAACCUUGUAUUUUACAACCUUGCUAUAAUAAUUUAUUAGUUCCCAGAAGUUUCUUUGGUAAUUUUUAUAGCUUUUCUAUAUAGACAAUUAUGUCAUCUGUGAACAGAGAGUUUUAUUUCUUCCUUCCCAACUUGUAUACCUUUUAUUUCCUUUUAAGUUAUUGCAUUAGCUAGCACUUCCAGUAUGAUGUUGAAAAGCAGUAGUGAGAGGGGACAUCCCUGCCUUAUUCAUGAUCUUAAUGGGAAAGCUUCUAGUUUCUCACCAUUAAGUGUGAUGUUACUUGUAGGUUUUUUGUAGAUAUUCUUUAUCAAAUUGAGGAAGUUCCCCUCUAUUCCUAGCUUACUGAAAUAUUUUAUUAUGAGUGGGUGUUGGACUUUGUCAAAUGCUUUUUCUGCAUCUAUUUGUAUAAUCAUGUGAUUUUUCUCUUUCAGCCUGUUGAUGUGGUAGAUUACGUUAAUGGACUUUUGAAAGUUGAACCAUCCUUGCAAACCUAGGAUAAAUCCCACUUGGUUGUUUUUAUGGCCUAUAUGUUCUUAUGCCCACAAAUUUCAUAUAUUGAAAUCCUAACCCCCCAAGGAGCCUUUGGGAGGUGAUUAGAUCAUGAGGGUGGGGCCCUUAUGACUGGGAUUAAUGCCCUUAUAAAAGAGACCUCAGAGAGAGUUAGCUGGUCCCUUUCACCAAGCGAGGACAUGGCAAAAAGGUGCCACCAGUGAAUCAGAGCUCAGGCCCUCACCAUACACCAGAUGUGCCUGUGGCUUGGUCUUGGACUUCCCAGCCUCCAGAACUGUGCAAAAUAACUUUCUGUUGUUUUUAAACCACCUAGUCUCUUUUUGUUAUAGCAGGCUGAACAGGCUAAGAAAACUGUGCUAUGUAAGUCUUUUUAUAUGUUGUUGGAUUCAAUUUGCUAAUAUUGUGUUGAGGAUUUUUGCAUCUAAGUUCAUGAGAGAUGUUGGUCUGUAGUUUUCUUGAAAUGUCUUUCUUUGGUUUUGGUACUAGGGUAAUGCUGGUUUCACAGGAUGAAUUAGGAAUAUUUUCUGUUUCUGUCUUCUGAAGGGGACUGUAGAGAACUGGUAUAAUUUUCUUCCUUAAAUGUUUGUUAGAAUUCAUCAGUGAACCCAUCUUGACCUGGUGCUUUCUGUUUUGGGAAGUUAUUAAUUACCAUUUGCUUUAUUCCAUCUGUUCUGUAUAUCUUUGUUCUUCUUUUCUGGUCUUCUAUUUCUUUCUGUCUUCCUUGAAAGAAUCUCACAAAAUAUUUCCAUUUCCCAUUCCCAUCCUUUGUACUACUUUGUCAUACAUUUUAUUUCCACAUAUGUUUUAAACUCUACAGUAUAUUGUUUAAUAUUUUUGAUAACAGUGAAUUAUCCUUUUUAAGAUUAAAAAAAUGAGAAAAAAUUCUUUAAAUUUACCUAUAUGUUUACUCUUUGCACUGUCAACCUAUCCAUCACCAACUAUCCAAACACAUGAACAUAUCCAAGUUUCCUUCUGCCCCUUUGUAGCCAUUUAUGCCCAUCCUUGAUCCCAUUUCCAGCAAGUACUGAUCUGCUUUCUAUAACUAUAGAUUAGUUUACAUUUUCCUGGAAUUUACAUUAAUGGAGCCAUACAGUAUGUAUUUUCUGUUUGGCUUCUUUCAAUCUGCGUAAUUACUUUGAAAUUUGUUCUUAUCAUUACAUAUAUCAAUAGUUCAUUCCUUUUUAUUACUGCUGAGCAGUUUGCCAUUAUAUGAAUACACCACAGUUUGUUUAUCCAUUCACCUGUUGAUAGACAUUGGGGUAGUUUCCAGCUUUUGGCUAUUACAAAUAAAGCUUCUGUGAACAUUCAUGUACCAAGUCCCUGUAUUCUCUUGGGUAUGAAAUGACUGGAUCAUAUGGUGUGCAUAUAUUUAACUUUUUAAGAAAUUGCCAAACUUUUUUCCAAAGUGGUUAUACUAUUUUACAUUUCACUAACAAUGUAUAGGAUUUCAUUUCUUCACAUUUUCAUCAACACCUGAUAUGUAGAGCCUUUUAAAUUUUAGCCAUUCUAAUAAGUAUGUAGUAGUAUCUAAUUGUAUUUUAACUUCCAUAUCCUUGAUGAGGAUGAGCAUCUUUACAUGUGCUUAUUUGACAUGCGUAUAUCGUCUUGAUGAAGUGUCUGCUCAAAUCUUUGCCCACAUUUAUUCCAUUGUUUGUUUUAUUAUUGAAUUUUGGGAGCUCUUUAUAUAUUCAGGAUACAAGUAAUUUUUCAGAUAUUUGCAAAUAUUUUCUCCCUUUCAAUAGAUUGUCUUUUUAUUCUCUUACCAGUGAUACAGGAAUAACAAAAUUUUUUUAAAUAGAUGAGGUUUGGGCUUCCCUGGUGGUGCAGUGUCUAAGAAUCUGCCUGCCAUUGCAGGGGACACAGGUUCGAGCCCUGGUCUGAGAAAAUCCCACAUGCCGUGGAGCAACUAAGCCCAUGUGCCACAACUACUGAGCCUGCGCUCUAGAGCCUGUGAGCCACAACUACUGAGCCCACAUGCCACAGCUACUGAAGCCUGCACACUUAGAGCCCAUGCUCUACAACAAGAGAAGCCACCGCAGUGAGAAGCCCGCGCACUGCAACGAAGAGUAGCCCCCAUUCGCCGCAACUAGAGAAAGCCCACGCACAGCAACAAAGAUACAACACAGCCAAAAAUAAAAUUUUUAAAAAAUAGAUGAGGUUCAACUUAUCAAUCUUUUUCUUUACUGGAUCAUGCUUUCGGUAUAAUUCAGAAAUCUUUGCCUAACUGAAAACUUAUGGCAGUUUUACAGUUUUAAGUUUUGCAUUUAGGUGUAUUUAGCAUUUCAAGUUAAUUUUUGUACAUGUGCAAUGUGUGGAUCAAAUUUCAUAUUUCUGACUAGGGAAAUCCAAUUGUUCCAGCAUCAUUUGUUGAAAAACAGCAGAAUAAAAUAAAAAUAGAACUUCAGAAAUUAAAAAAUAUAAUACAUUAAAAAACUUUUCCAUAAUACAAGUUGAGGUUUCCAUUACUGUAAGGUUAAUGAAAAAUAUUGUUUAGUCACGAAAAGCACAAAAGCAAUGUUAGUGCAACUUAAAAGUGUACACAAUUGACCAUAUAUUUAUCUGAGAAAGUACCAAAUGAUUAUAAGGCAGUCACAUCCUAGCCAGUCUCUACUACUAUAAGUCUAAGAACUUUAAUUCUAUUUAAUUCUUUCCAGCACAGUAAGACAGCCAAAAACUUCUGCUUAGAUUUUUUUUUUUUUUUCCUGUUAACAACUGCUUUCUGCUUGAUUUCCUGGCUUCUUGCCCCUUGCAUGAACAGGCUAGGAAUCAGCAAAUGCUUUGAGGGAAAAUAUGUAGAAUGACUGACUCCUUUUACUGUGAUUGCCUUUCUUCUGGGAUCUUAGCAUCUCAAGCCCUAGUUACCCUGAUAGACUUGACCUCCAAAAUUUGUAUCUCCAGCCCAAUCAGACUAUUGAAAGCUCUAGGAUGCCUCUCUCAGAUUUCUAUACUCCUAAACACAGAUCAACAAUGCCAUAAGGAGGAAACAUGGCUUAGGAUGGAGGAUUCACUUCAUCAUGUUUCCCUUCUUGCUGGGCUCUUGGGAAUCUCAAGCCUUGGCUGCCUGGAUUGCUGUAUAACAGGUUUAAACAGGCUUUUAUUUUUUUUUAAUGCAGCUUUUUAUAGCUUUUAGUGGGAGAGUUAGUUUGUUCAACAAGGUACCUCAUCAUAGCUGGAAGCCUGCAUCAUUUAAAAAACUCAUCAAGGUGGAAAUAUCCUUUAAACAAAUGGGACUGCAUUUAAAUAGUUAAUUGUGGUAAAAAACAAAUAAUACAAAAUUUAUCCCUUUGACCAUUUUCAAGUGUACAGGUCAGUGGUUUAUCCUCACAUUGUUGUGUAUCAGAUCUCUAGAACUUUUUCAUCUUGCAAAACUAAAACUCUAUACUCAUGGAACAACAACUCUCCAUAAUCCCCAUUCCCUGGCAACCACCAUAAUACCCUGUUUCCAUGAUUGUGGCAACUCUAGGUACCUUAUAUAAGUGAUUUUGACAACUCUAGGUACCUUAUAUACAGUAUUUGUUGUUUUGCGGCUGGUUUAUUUCACUUAGUGUAAUGUCCUCAAGGUUCAUCUAUGUUGUAGCAUGUGACAGGGUUGCUUUUUUAAGGCUGAAUAAUACUCUGUAUGUAUAUGCCACAUUUUGUUUAUCCAUUCAUCCAUCCUUGGACAUUUUGGUUGCUUCCAUCUCUGGGCUAUUGUGAAUAAUGGUGCAGUGAACAUGAGUUGCAAAUGCCUCUUUAAGUUCUUGCUUCAAAUUCUUUUGGAUAUAUAUACCUAGAGGUGGGAUUUCUGGAUCACAUAGUAAUUCCAUUUUUAGUUUUUUGAGGACCCUCCAUAGUGUUUUCCAUAGUGGCAGCACCAUUUUAUAUUUCUCCCAGCAAUGCACAGGAUUUCAAUUUUCCCACAGGAUUAUGUACUUGAAACAUGUGGCGAUUAACUGUUUUUUCUUUUUUCUAAUAAAUUUAUUUUAUUUAUUUA